AGCCAAGAGGAGCCCAGGGAGACAGGACAGCUGAGCGUGGUGUGUGUCCUGAUGGGUCCAGAAACAAAAGGAGCUGCCAGGUGAAGACUACGGAAAUCUGGUGUCACCGGAGACUCAAAGGGGCCAAGAAAGAGCGUCACGAGCUGGGAGACUUUCCAGGGAAGAAGCUGAGAGGCCGAUGGAGCUGCUCUCUCUCUUGAAAAGCUACACCCUUUCAAGAGCAGACCCCUUGGAGUCUGGCUGGACUCUACUGACAUUACCUCUUCCGGUGCUGGCUUCAGGGGCGCCAGUUCCUGGGACAGCCCUCAGACAGGAGCCUGUCAUCUUACCCUCUUCUUAAGAUCUCUAGACAAUGAGAUUGGCUCCCAGGAGAUGCUGAGGACAGCAGGAGAGACACCUCAUAGUCCGUGGAAUGCAGAGUUCCCAAAAGGACGUCAUUUCUCACAGUUUGAAGAUACUGAAAACCAGGCUGUGGCCUCCUUAGCCCCAAAUGAGACUGACUCCAGGUUCGACCUGCCAGGGCUGGCUUCCUGAGGAGGGAAGUGUGCGGUGGCUGCUGUGUGCAGACCCCUCGUGCCCCGUCUGCAAUGCUGUGGCUCUGGAGAUCCAGCAGUUGCUGGUGGGUGAGAACCCUGAUCUGCCCCCCACGUCACCGGGGCCAUCGCAGGGCUCCUCUUGCCCAGAGAGUUUGUCCACGUCUCAUCUCUCUUUUGAGCAGAGUCAGGGUUCACCACAUUGGGACCUGGGGCAGGGAUCUCAAGUGCCAGAUGUGUCCUGGGACACGGGAGCUCCAUCUUCUUCAAGCCUUGAGAAGCCUGGGACUCCUGUGAAGCAGCAGGGCAAGAGGAAGAGCAACUCCGAAUGUGUGCUGGAGAAACCAGAAGCUGCAGAAGCUGGCUUGGGAAAUAAGAUGAAGUACUUUCCAUACUGGAUUAACCCCAAGAUGAAAAGUCAAGGCCCUAAGGAACCCGUUCUCCGCUCUAAGGAUGAGAUGGUGGCCAAAACCACAACAAAAAGUGUUGUGAAGAGUGCACCUUCCACCAAAGACCCAGUGAGGGGAGCUAAGCUGGAGAAGACAGCAGAGGAGGAGGGCAUGACCUUCUUCGAUGCCCCCACUUCUGUCAAUCUAUCCACUCCUGGUUCCUGUGCCUUUCACAACAGCUCCAAACACAUCCUCAGCUGACUUGUGCCACUCAACCAGAAAAUCCAUCCCAGGUCUCAACUUUCACCUCAGCAGAAGGCACUGGUCUAUACAAGGAGAAUA